UUCUUCAACGCGAGAGGUCGUUUGAUGAUGAUUUUUGGCGGCGACGUUUAUUUGCUGUCUAUGGAUAUUCCUAUGGAUUAUGUGAUGGGGUUUUAAGCCUAGAAAACGCGGCUGAAACUUCCUCAUCUUCCUUCCUCAUCUUCUCUCCACUCCAUUCAAUCUCUUCACGAUUAUCCGCAUCUUUUCCCUUUCACCCUUUCUUACUACUCACCUGCUUUCUCAAUCCAAGAACAAGCAGCAACCCCAUCAACUCCGCCCACCCAAUUAUGUCCAAAAAAGGGCUUGGCGGUGGAGCUGCGCUUUCAAAGGACGCGCCUUGGAGGGCCUCCGGAAAACCCAUUCCCAAAAUCCAUCAUGCUCCUCUGCUCCGCAUUUCCCAGUCUCCCUUUUCCGAUUACGCUCUCGCUGUAAUGAAGCAUCCUGAUCCGAUUGGAAGUGGGUUGGCUACGGAUGCCGUUUUGGAAGCGGCUGGGCCUGAUUGUAUUGUGCCUGGACAAUCCGCACCCGUUAAAUUGCUUGGUCUCAAGGUAUGGCCCAUUGAUGUCGAUCUGAAGGUUCUUGAGCCUGUUGGCCGUGAGCUUAAAUUACUUGGAAAGGUAAAUGGGAACAAUUCUAUAUCUGUGUUUCGUAAAAUUUUUCUUUUUUCCUUGCAUGUAGGUGUUUUAGUGCUUGGAAGUAUAUAUAUUGGUUUUACUUUCAAAAAAACUCAUCGUCUCCCAACCCAGACGUGGAGCUGUUCUUGGGUGGGCAAAACAUCCUAAAAAAUUAACACGACCAUAGGAGUGAUUCAUGUUCAAUAAUCCAGUUAUAAAAAGAACAAAGGAAGUAAUUUGUCUGUAUUGAAAUCAUGUCUAUCGUGUUUUAAACUGAUCAAUCCGCAUUGUAGAAACAUGAAAUCAGGACAAGUUUUUUUUAUCCAUAAUGCAGAUAUUCACCUUUACAGAUUUUGGGUGAAGUAGGAUGUAGUUCUCCUAUUCUUAUUAUUGGCCCUUCUAUAUGCAAAAACAUGAUCUUGGAGUUGAAACAAUAUAGACACAAAUUUCAAUAUUUUAGUUUUAGCCUUGAGACAUUGAGGAAUCUCACCAGCAAUUUUUUUUUUUUUUUUUGUAAUUUUUAAAUUAUUGUCACUAUUCUCAUUCUUCUGUUGUUUUUCUUUCCUCUGAAGUUUAUGGAUGAUGCGGUGAGCCUCAUGAACAAGUCGUUCAUUGAUCGCUAGACAUGGCAGUUUCAAUCGAUGAUGAAAAGUUGCAUAGAGGCUGCAAUUUUUGCUGGCUCUGUGAGUGGCAACUUAUCCACCGGAACUGUCUUUUGAUAAUUUCCUCUCUUGCUACUAAAUCUUCUCAUGUAAAAACAGUCUCUGGCCUCUAGAAGCGGUUUCAUUACUCCCGUUUCUGUGGCUUUUCAUUGUGACAUUUAAUAGUGAAGUGCCUUGUAAGGGUUUUCUAUGGGGUUUUGAUUGAUAAAGGUUAUUGUGUAAAAUAAGCAUUAAUUAAUGGUUCAUACCCAAUUUUCA